AUGGACCUGGUGAUAUGGUACAGCAGAAGGGCUGGGGGUCCUUCGGUUGGACUCGAGGGAGCCAGACGUGAGGGCGGUGGAGAACCAGCCAGUUUGUUAAGCCGUAAUCCUGGAACUAGAGCCGUUGGGCAAAGUCAAACGAAGUCUGCUUACGCCAAACAUAGAUGCACUGAGACCACUCCCUUUGAAGCACGAGCUUUGGAAUCAACCAUAAUACGCCGAAGACCUAGUGAUACCGAGGGCACAGAGUCUCCAUGGUUCCGACUUGCCAGUGGUGACAAGCUAAAGGUCCCAGAAAGCAAGCGCAAGCGGAUUUAA